AACCAAAAAAAAGAAAAAACUCCUUUAUAACCCUAAACAACACUAUAUAUUUCUGAAAAACCCAAACCCUAAAACCACUCUUUUUCCCCAAGUUUCCCCAAAGAAAAAAAAAUUAAAAAAAUGAAGGUAAUCGCCACCUACUUGUUGGCAGUGUUGGGCGGAAACACCAAUCCCACGGCGGAGGAUUUGAAGGCAAUUCUCUCCUCCGUCGGAGCAGAAGCUGAUAAUUCAAAAAUUGAAUUAUUAUUAUCUCAAGUCAAAGGAAAAGACCUUACUGAGCUUAUUGCUGCCGGAAGAGAAAUGCUCGCUUCGGUGCCUUCUGGUGGCGGUGUUGUAGUUGCUAGUGGUGGUGCCACUGCAGCAAUGGCGGAGAAGGAGGAGGAGGAAAAGAAAGUCGAAGAUAAAGAAGAGUCUGAUGAAGAGGAUUUUGUUCUCGAUAUCUUUGGUUAGACGAAGGAUUUUAAGUUUUAUGGGCUGACAAUAUAAUCAUAUUGGAAUUGAAGUUGAUAUUCUGUUUACUUUUUCUUAUUAAGAUUAAUAUUAUGUCUAA